AUGGCGACACUGUAUCAAAUGAGCGAUAUUGGUUCUGCUAUGAGUAAUGAGUGCACUGGAGUGACUACAGCUUUGAUUGUGAGCGGUUUUGUAGGCCUCAUAGCCGUUUACAAUUUUAUUCGUAAUAAUUUAAAUGAAUCGAUUAACGUUUAUGCGGAUUCCCUUCUUAUAUCGAUGCAGAUCAUUAUAUCGAAUAUAAAAUUAAUACAUUUAAUCUUUAUGCAGCAUGAGUUUUACAAAGUUAUCAAGCAGGCUGAAAAUUCUGACAUCAUAUUAAAUCUAAAUGAGUUCGGAAUAGCUACAAAUGGGCAGAAAAAGUUAAUGCAAAAUAUCAAGGACAUCCUUAAGGAUUCAUGGCAAGAUAUUCACCGACAAUUAAGGUUUUUUAUUUACAGUUGCUGUGCUAUCGUUGGCUGGUAUUGGUUGGUUGCUUUGGCUCAAAACAUCCAUGAUCUUUAUAAACGUCCAGAAUAUUUUACUGUAACUACAACAUUUCCUGUAAAAUAUCCACAUUGGAUUAGUAAAGGUCCUAUGUUCAUUAUUCAUCCCGUGCAAUACAUAAAUAGUGCGGCAUGCAAUCACAUAUCAGGUUUCGGGGCCGUUUGCUAUGAUGGUAUAUACGUAGUUCUGGUGGUACAUUGUGCAGCCUUGGUACACCUUUUAAGAGCAUUGGUUGAACAUUCUACCACAAAUGAAGUUCCACAAGCGAGAAGAGUUCAAUAUAUAUUGGGUUGCAUCAAAUUCUAUCAAAAAAUAUUUGAAUUCUAUUCGUCGAUCGACGGCUUGUUUCGCACCGUGAACUUAACCCAAUAUUGUAUAAAUGCAAUUAUAUUAUGCAUGAUCAUAUUUCAGGCUAGUAUAGGUUUGGAAGCUGAAGCAAGUCUGGUUGUAAAAAUGUUUUUAUAUUUAAUGGCUAUUAGUUUCCAAAAUAUUAUGUAUUGUUAUAAUGGGGAAAAAUUGAUUACGCAAAGCAAUUUAUUACCUACAGCUUGGUAUAGUUGCUGUUGGUAUAAUGAAUCGGCGGAAUUAAAAUUUUUGAUACGAAUGAUGAUCUUAAGAACUAAUCGAGCUCUUUACAUGAAAAUGUCGGGCUUUAGUACAAUGUCUCUGAUGACCAUGUUAACGUUAUAUCAGACAAGUAGCUCUUAUUUUUUACUCUUGAGAAACGUCAGUGCGGAUCGAUGA